AGUGGCGGGAAGAAACAUAGGUUAAGAGAAGCAGCUGCCCGAUGACGUCACUGUCGUAAAGCCGGAGCGCGCUGCCGCAUCGCUUGGCGGCAGCUGGUGGGUUUAAACAUGCGACAUGGCGUCCUCAUUGAUUUGCAGUGACACUCAGAGCAGGGUGAGUUCAGUGCUGAACCGAGACGUGAAGCAGUAUGGAAAGAAAUAUAUGUUUGACAGCAAUGAAGAGACGUGCUGGAACUCAGACCAGGGUGAAUGUCAGUGGGUGAUUCUGGAGUUCCCCCAGUCUGUCAGGGUGUCACAGUUAAAAGUCCAGUUCCAGGGAGGCUUCUCGGCAAAAACAUGCAAACUAGAAGGUUGCCCAAAAGAGGGAGACUUGGCCACGAUUAGCCAUUUUUAUCCAGAGGACAACAACUCUCUUCAGAGCUUUCCCAUACAGGAGGCCCCUGCGGUGGACAAAGUAAAAAUAAUGUUUGAGAAUAGUGCCGACUUUUUUGGGAGAAUCAUUGUUUAUUCCUUGGACGUCCUGGGGGAGAAAGCCUCAUGACCAUCUUUUUCAAAUCCUCUCAUGAGAGAGGAAGUGACCCUGAGUGAAGUACAGGAUACAGGAUGGCGUGGUGGCACUUGGAAAACAUCUUGACUGUACUGCCACCUCGUGAACUGAUAUGAAUGUGGCCUUUUUUGGUAUGGACGCUUUCAGGGAUCUGUCAAGCCAUCUCACCCUUGACCACUUGAACACAGAAGGCCUGGCAUAAUCAUAAUUUUUUUUUUUUAUUUCAUAUUGAAUGUUUUUUUUCUUAUUAUAUAUCAUUUAUCACACGGUUUAUACUUAUUGUGCCUUUGAGUUAAGGUGCCAUUCCAGCAGAACACACAGUAUGAAAAUACUUUUUUAUUAAAACUUGUUUACAGUCUUUUGCUGCCUGUCAGCAAAACAAAAUAAUUCAUCUGCGCAAAUGUCACAUUUUAGUCCUUGUUUGUACAUUGUAAUGCAUCCAAAAAAAUGCAUACAAAUGGAAUAAACGGUUUAAAAAACAACA